UUCAGUCUGCGUGAACAUGUCUCUGAAAACACUCCUGACCAGGUUCACACAUCAUGGACUCUUCAGACUCGCUGGAGCUUCAGGACAGAGGUCCUGGACCGGGGACUACCACAGCACCCCAAAGCCCAACUGGAGCACCGCCGAUCGGGUAGUGGACCUCCGCACCGACGCUGUGACCAAACCCGGUCCCGAGAUGCGCAAAGCCAUGAGCGAAGCCGAGGUGGGGGACGCUUCGAUCGGAGAGGACCCCACAGUGAACGAGUUAGAAAGUUUGGCGGCUGAAAUGUUUGGGAUGGAGAACGCUCUGUUUUUGCCCUCAGGAACUAUGAGCAACUUGAUCGCAGUUAUGGUGCACUGCAGAGAGAGAGGAGACGAGAUGAUAGUUGGAGAUAAGUCGUAUUUGCAGGUUUUCCAGCAAGGAGGAAGCGCACAGAUAGCAAACGUCCACUCCACCACAGUGACCACUCUCCCCGACGGGACCUUCGACUUGGACCAACUCGAGUCCAAAAUCCGACACGGUUUUCCCGAUCCUCACUAUCCACGGUCCAGGCUCAUCUGUGUGGAGAACACCCACAACAUCCAGGGAGGCCGCGUGCUGCCGCUCAGCUUCCUCAAGGAGGUGCGUAGUUUGGCGGAUAAGUACGACCUGAAGGUUCACAUGGACGGGGCCAGAGUCAUGAACGCCGCGGUGGCUCUGGGAGUGUCCGUCAAAACGAUUCUACAACACACACACACGGUCAGCGUGAGUCUGUGCAAGGGUCUUGGGUGUCCGUUCGGCUCCAUUCUGGCCGGCCCCAGCGAGUUCAUCUCCAGGGCGGUGAGAUGUCGUCACGUUCUGGGAGGCUCCAUGUGUCAAAUUGGGAUUUUAGCUGCAGCCGGAAAACUGUCUUUACUGAAGAUGGUGACCAGACUGGAGGAGGACCACAGGAACGCCAAAACAUUCGCUCAAGCUCUGCUCGACUGCUCCUCGGACCUCUUCUCUGUCGACAUGUCCGCGGUGGAGACCAACAUCGUGAGGUUCAGACUCGAUCCCGGUCUGAGCCCCGCCGAGUUCUGCGCUCGCAUGUCUGACGUCCAGCAGGGGGAGCAGUCCGCGCUGGGACAGGCCGUGCAGGUCCUGAUGUACCCGUCCUUCGAGAACUCUGUGAGAGCCGUGUGGCAUCUGGACGUCUCCACUGAAGACACCCACUGGGCCAUAAAGAAGAUGCAGUAUGUGGCCGCACGGAUCAUGGAGGAGAGGAACAAAACCCCUUGA